AUGAAAUUAUUUAUUUGCAAUGCAUUUCUUGCGAAUGAAGCUCUAGCAUUUCUUUGGAGAACUUGCCGAGAUAAAGCUCCGAACUGCGCGGAAACGUCGUAUUUCUGCGGCGAAGAGAAUCGAAAGUACACUUACGACGUUUGCCAAGCCACUUGCGGCAAAUGCGGACAGCAGCCAACUCCUACUCUUCCUCCAGCGCCAAAUCACUCGGCUGGAGCUCUUCCAGGAGGAACUCGGGUCGGCUCUAGAAACAUCGACAGCAGAGGCUACCAUUCAGAGAGAACUCAAGGAACCGAAUCGAAGUACAAGCCCUUUGUAUCUCAGUACAAUGACAGCUACGAAGCUAGGAUCUGGCAAAAUCGCGACCAAAUCCGACGAAUGCGAGAAUGGAACAAACAAGCCUGGUUCGACUGGACGAAGAUCUACGGUUUUGGCACCGGCCGUCCCCUGCCACUUACAACUCUGGCUCCCUAUGUUCCAGGCAAGCAGGGUCACGACCCGAUGGGCGCCGAUUUCAACCCCUGGAUGAACAUGCUCGGCCGUGAUGGUGACAUUUUCAACAACGAGCCGGCAAAGAGUGCUCAUUUUGCGCCGAGUAUCUUCGACCAAAAAGAUGAUUCCGAAUGUGAGGAUCUUUACCCAGAGCUUUGUAAAGCUCACCUUUCAAGAGAAAACUGCCAGCUGGAAGAGUUCUGGGCGAAGUGUGGAAAAACAUGCUCAAUGUGCAGCGCGACAAAGGACUUGGAGUACAAAUGUGUGGAUACGCAUUCAAUGUGCUCGAUGGAGUACAUUCAUCAAAUGUGCCUCGAUGAAAAGUGGGUGCGCGAAGCUUGCCCAGUCUCCUGCCAAGCACAGACCGAAAUGUGCGCCCCAAUGCAGUCGUAUCGAAUGCAACCGCCAGUGGCUGAAGUCGCAUCUGUUGGAUCAUUUGCGCCUGUAGAUCAAGCAGUUCUCAUCGUUGAUCCCAGCCCGCCGCCACACACUCGAGUUAAUCCAGGAGUCCUUAUUGUCGAUCCAAGGCCACCAGCCCCAACACCAAUGAAUCCCGCAGUUCUCAUCGUUGAUCCCAAGCCUGAAGCGCCUAUUCCCAUUGAUCCUACUGAAAAAGACUCCGGAACUCAAUCAGGUGGAAUAGUAGCUGCUCCACUGACUGAAGGGAAAUCCACGUUCACGACCGAUGUUGAUAUGAGCGAGCUGUGCAAAACGACCUGGCAAAGUAUCUGCCACAUGGAUUUUGUUCAAGAUGCUUGUCCUGAGUCUUGCCCAAAGACUGCGCAAGUUACAACUGUUCAAUAA